UGAAGAAGUUGAUGCAUCAUGGCAGCCCGAAUUUGGAGCAUAUAUGAUCGAAGUGCCUGGUAUUCCUUACGGAAGUUCUUUAAAAAGUUUGACUCUGGUUGAACAAAAUAUGAAACGUAGAAGAGAAAUUGCAUCCAAAUAUUUAAACCCAAAUGAAAGUUUAGUCACUUUAGUCAGCUUCCCACGUCUUGGUUGCUCAAGUCAAUUCUUAGAGCCUCAUCAUGAGCCAUUUGGGCCAGAGUUAAGAAGUUUAUUUGUGCCGGAUGAAGCCAUGAAUCCACAUGAUAAAUUUCGAGCUUUGAAUGUUGGUAUUGAAGAUCGUCGAGGAUCGAAGGUCGCUUUCAAUGUUCCUAUUUUUCAUGACAAAAAGGGUCAUGAUUUAUUUAUUUACUGUGAUAAAGCUUUACCGGAUCAUAUAUAUAUGGAUUCGUUAGUUUUCGUAUGGAUUUUAUUUGCAAAAGGUGCUGAUGAUCGUACAAAAGAAGAACGGGGUUUAGAA